AUGCCUUCUACUCGCUCUCUUCGCUCUCGUGCUGGUGUCACCAAGUUAACUAUGGACACAGGCUCUACCGGCGCGACAUCAAGGCCGAGACGAUCUACCAGGAACAGCUCUACAAGAAUAGCAACAGUGACUCUCUCUCGGUCACCAUCUACCUCUCCUGAAGGAAGAAGGAAACCAAUCCGACUCACUGUCAAGAUGCCGGGAAGCAAGCUCCGUGAAGUGACAAAUGGGGAAGACGGGUUUGACAAGCCUCGUAACAUCUUUACAGAAAAUGUCAUCAUGACUGGUCCUAGGAACAGUCGGUCUAAGAGGAAAGUCGUGGAAGUAGACUCUGACGAGGACGAUGACCCCUCUGAGAUUGGAGACGAGGAAGAUGAAGAAGACGAUGAGAUUGAUGCGGAAGGUGAUUCGGACCUGGAUGCUGAUGGUGAGCCUGAUAUCGAUGCCGAGGGCGAUAUCGAUAUGGAUGAUGCUCCUCCUGUGUCUCCCAUCGCGAAACAGGCGGCUACCAGACCCACCGUUACAGUCACACCUGCAGCUACCGCAAAAGCGAGAAAGGCAGAUUCAAGGGCUGCUUUGGAAGAUGACGAAGAAGACGACGAGGAAGAAGGACUCUCCGAACUGGAAUCUGACAAUGAUAUUGGCGGACAAGAUGAUACCAUGGGACUUGAAACCAAUGAUGAUGAGCCGGAGGACGAGGAGGACGAAGAGGAUGAAUCUGAUGAAGAGCUCAUGGGUGGAAGCAGGUCGAGCACCCCUGAUCUGAGCAAGAUGACCAGACGACAGCGUGGCCGUAUCGAGCUUGGAGGUGAUUUCUUGCAACUACCAAUGGAACCACAAGUUAAGAAACAUCUAACUGCGGAAGAACACGCUAUGCGCCGGGCAGAGAUGGCAAGAAGAAGGAAGAACCUCAGUGAAAAGCGCAACGAGGAAGAAAAGAUGGAUACUAUAAACAAACUGCUGAAGAAACAAGCUCCCAAACGCCGUGGCAAGAUCAGUGCUGCUGAAGCUGCUGGGGAGAGCACCCCAGGUCAACAAGAACCCCAGGAGCCUGAGAAACCAGAUCCAACCAUGAUUAGAUACGUUAUCAAUCAGAAUGGCUAUCGCAUCGGGGUUCCGAAUGAAUGGCUCGGUACCCCUGCCGGUAACAUAUUCGGUAACCCGACCAAUAACCCCGCCACUCAUACCGGGAAACUUGUUGAAGAGAUAUAG